AUGGCUCGACAAAAACCAACACCGAAGCUUCUGUCAAGUGGUAGACCUCCAACUCUGAGAAAGGCGAAGUCGAUUAGUCGGAAAGAAACCAGAACUCUCAUCAACACUCAUCACACACUACAGAAGAAGCGACAGCAGGCCUUGGCCAGAAACGACGAGAAAGAAGCUGCGGCUUUGGCGGCGAAAAUCUCUGCGCUCGGCGGACUCAAGGAGUAUCAACAGGCCAGUCUCCAGGGCCAAAGGACAGAUCGUGGCGGAGACAGCUCAAAAGUUCUUCUGGACUGGCUGCGACCGGCGAAUCUCCAAUCAACAAAGACCAUGGCGGCGGCGACGAGCGACAACCACGGCAGUACACGCCGCCGCUUGCGCAUGCUUGAGGUGGGCGCACUCAGUGUCGGUAAUGCUUGCUCCAAGAGUGGGCUUUUCGAGAUGGAGCUCAUCGACCUUAACAGUCAACAGCCGGGAAUCCUCCAACAGGACUUCAUGGAGAGACCUCUUCCCAAGGACGAUACAGAGCGGUUUGAUAUCAUCUCACUCAGUCUGGUUCUUAACUACGUCCCUGACCACUCGCUACGUGGGGAGAUGCUUCUCCGUACGCUGUCAUUUCUCCGUCAGCCCAACGACGAUCUUCCAGAGAGCGCCCGCAACGUUUUCCCCUCACUGUUCGUCGUUCUACCCAAAAGCUGCAUCUCCAAUUCACGCUACUUCUCCCAGGGUCGACUUGUUGAGCUGAUGACUCUCUUGGGAUACGCCCAGGUCGGAGUCAAGCUCACGAACAAAUUGGCCUACUCCUUGUGGAAGAGACAGGGCCCUGCUCAGCAGCCCGUGACCCCGUUUACCAAGACUGAGGUCAACCCAGGAGUGACUCGGAAUAACUUUGCUAUCACUCUGAAAGCUUCGUGA